AUGCCCGACCUCGUCCUCUUUAAGUGGUUUGUGCCGAUAGUUGUCGCCACCGUCGCCUACAUGGUUGUCUGGUCCGUCACUGGUGACUUGGGACAGUUGGACACGCUGUACACUAACACGGGUCUGAAGUACGAUAUCUGCGUCAACAGCUGGUGGGAGCACACCGCCACGAUAGCACGUUUGCUGUUCCUACUCUGGGGUGUCUAUCUGUGCUGGGUUGUGCGCAAAGCGCCAUCUAGUUUCAACGAGAGCAAGUAUAUUUCCUGGGCGAUCUACAACACCAUCAUCGUAGGGACAUUUCUCAUCAUCAUCAGGUUGUUCGUGGCGGCCUCUGCCGGGCCUGACGUCAUCUACAUCGUGUUCCUACUGGAGCUACAGAUCCAGGUUACGGUCACUAACUGCUUAAUAUUUGUCCCCAAG